GGGACGGUCGCCGACUGAGAGACGGGGAGUUCUGCACGUCUGCAGUUGCGUUUCAGCGAAGUCCCACGCAAGGCCUGUGUCGUCGCUCGUCAGGUGUCCUCCAUCGCUCAGUCAUGGCGUCCAGAAAGUUCUUCGUCGGAGGCAACUGGAAGAUGAACGGAACCAAAGAGAGCCUGGGAGAACUCAUGACCACCCUCAGCACCGCCAGCCUGAAUGACCAAACCGAGGUGGUGUGUGGGGCUCCUUCCAUCUACUUGGACUUCGCCCGUUCAAAUCUGGAUGCCAGGAUUGGCGUCGCGGCCCAAAACUGCUACAAAGUGGCCAAAGGAGCCUUCACUGGGGAGAUCAGCCCUGCCAUGAUAAAGGACUGUGGGGUCGACUGGGUAAUCCUGGGACACUCUGAGCGUCGUCAUGUCUUUGGGGAAAGUGACGAGCUGAUUGGCCAAAAAGUGGCCCAUGCAUUGGAGAAUGACCUGGGAGUCAUCGCCUGCAUUGGAGAGAAGCUUGAGGAAAGGGAGGCAGGCACCACUGAAGAAGUGGUCUUUGCUCAAACACAAGUCAUUGCAGAGAAUGUCAAGGACUGGGGAAAAGUGGUGCUGGCAUACGAACCUGUUUGGGCCAUUGGCACAGGCAAGACUGCUACACCUGAACAGGCACAAGAGGUCCAUGAGAAGCUGAGGGUGUGGCUGAGGUCCAACGUCUCUGACAGUGUGGCGGACUCUGUGCGCAUCAUCUACGGCGGUUCGGUAACAGGAGCCAACUGCAAGGAGCUGGCCUCCCAGGCCGACGUGGACGGCUUCCUGGUGGGCGGAGCUUCCCUUAAACCGGAGUUCGUCGAUAUCAUCAACGCAUGCGCAUAGAUAGUUACAGUUGCAUCAGGACCAAUCAGAAGCACUGCCGUGUAAGCUGUUGUGCUCCAAAAGACACCAACAAACUGGGUUGACUGAUGCGGAACUGGUUGUGCGUGAGAAUAGUAACCGUUUUACUUUAACUAAAGCUGCUUAACAGUAUUAAGUCUGUAGGAUGAAGGAGUCCCGAAUGAUGCUGCUUUCAUUAAAGGUAAAAGUCUGACUCGGGCACCCAUGAAACAUUUCAUGAUUGAUAUAUUUUGGAAUUCAGUACACUCGGUCACCAUAUCACACCGUGGAGGCUGUUUCUUUAUCAUCCCUACUCUCACCGUUUCUCCCUUCGCCUUUCUGAAUCUUUAAAUGGUCUCCAGUGACAUGUCUUUCUUUUUCUUCUUCUUUGCCAUCUGCUUUGGGCUGGGGGGAACAGAUUUGGGGUGGGGCAGCAGAUACAGUUGCAGGGUAAUGCGCAGGGCCAGGGGAGCAGCAGACGGGGCUACAGGCGGUGUCUUUUUAGCCCCGCCAGUCCUUGGCGUCCUGGACUUUGCUGGUGUUUCGGGCUUCGUAAUUCCUGCCACCAUCUCACCCUUUUCGUUUGUCGCCUUUUUUUUCUUCUUCUUCUUCAGAGCGAGUUUUGGACAGCGCCUUCGCCCGGGGUUUCCUGACACGGGGUUUGUUGGGUGGGGGUGGGGAGUAGUCUAACGUGUCCAUGGUGUCUAGCUUUGCUAUAUCGGCAUCUGUGUACAGAACAAGCACUGUGAGACAUGCUCCCGGAAGUCAAACGGGGGGGAAAACCUCCCCGCAGAGGGAACAGGGAGACAAAUCUGCUGCCCUGUAUUCCUGCACCCCCUUCAUUUUCCGUGAGGAGGCUGCUGAAACGGAGGGCUGUCCUGCCCUGUCUGGUGGUUAGCCUCAUAAACUACUCCACCUCCUUCCAUCCUUUCAGUUUCUCCAUUUUCCAAUCGCCUCCCCUUCCCUUGUUCCCCGUUAACUGUCCCUCUCUGACCUCAGCACCUCCUCCCUACAGCUCCCAACCCUUAACAUCCUCUCAUA